CGCGAGAAGCAGGAGGAGGCGGCGGCGGAGGCCGCUCCCGAGUUCUCGUACCGGGAACAGCUCGAGCACCUGAACCCCAUCGCGCAGCCGCUCGCCUCUCGCAAGCUGACGCGCAAGCUCUACAAGUGUAUCAGGAAAGCGGCCAAGCACAAGCAGAUCCGCCGGGGCGUGAAGGAGGUGCAGAAGUUUAUCAACAAAGGCGAAAAGGGGAUCACGGUGCUGGCCGGCGACACGCUGCCCAUCGACGUGUACUGCCAUAUCCCCAUCAUGUGCGAAGACAGGAAUCUGCCCUACGCUUACGUCCCCUCCAAGUCGGACCUCGGGGCCGCAGCCGGCUCAAAGCGACCCACCUGCGUCAUCCUGCUGAAGCCACACGAGGAGUACCAGGAGGCCUACGAUGAGUGCCUGGGGGAGGUGGAAUCCCUGCCGCUGCCCUUGUGACCUCCGGGGGCGCCAUCUCUACGGUUGGGGAGUGGGGGGGGGUCACCGUUGUGGUGGGGAGCGCUGAUUGAAUGUGAAUAAAGCUGUUGGGAUGUUUGUA